GGGCUGGUGCAGCCGCAGCUGUUGCUUAUUGGCCCACCGAUUCCAUGGGGUGGAACUUGGCUGGGCCUAAACUCAAUCCGUGGUCUGGUACAGGUUUCAGGGCAAAGCGGCCAUGCGUUCCGGGGGCCGCGGGCGGCCCCGCCUGCGGCUGGGGGAACGUGGCCUCAUGGAGCCACUCUUGCCGCCGAAGCGCCGCCUGCUACCGCGGGUUCGGCUCUUGCCUCUGUUGCUGGCGCUGGCCGUGGGCUCGGCGUUCUACACCAUUUGGAGCGGCUGGCACCGCAGGACUGAGGAGCUGCCGCUGGGCCGGGAGCUGCGGGUCCCGUUGAUCGGAAGCCUCCCCGAAGCCCGGCUGCGGAGGGUGGUGGGACAACUGGAUCCACAGCGUCUCUGGAGCACUUAUCUGCGCCCCCUGCUGGUUGUGCGAACCCCGGGCAGCCCGGGAAAUCUCCAAGUCAGAAAGUUCCUGGAGGCCACGCUGCGGUCCCUGACAGCAGGUUGGCACGUGGAGCUGGAUCCCUUCACAGCCUCAACACCCCUGGGGCCAGUGGACUUUGGCAAUGUGGUGGCCACACUGGACCCGAGGGCGGCCCGUCACCUCACCCUUGCCUGCCAUUAUGACUCGAAGCUCUUCCCACCCGGAUCGACCCCCUUUGUAGGGGCCACGGAUUCGGCUGUACCCUGUGCCCUGCUGCUGGAGCUGGCCCAAGCACUUGACCUGGAGCUGAGCAGGGCCAAAAAACAGGCAGCCCCGGUGACCCUGCAACUGCUCUUCUUGGACGGUGAAGAGGCGCUGAAGGAGUGGGGACCCAAGGACUCCCUUUACGGUUCCCGGCACCUGGCCCAGCUCAUGGAGUCUAUACCUCACAGCCCUGGCCCCACCAGGAUCCAGGCUAUUGAGCUCUUUAUGCUUCUUGAUCUCCUGGGAGCCCCCAAUCCCACCUUCUACAGCCACUUCCCUCGCACGGUCCGCUGGUUCCAUCGGCUGAGGAGCAUUGAGAAGCGUCUGCACCGUUUGAACCUGCUGCAGUCUCAUCCCCAGGAAGUGAUGUACUUCCAACCCGGGGAGCCCUUUGGCUCUGUGGAAGACGACCACAUCCCCUUCCUCCGCAGAGGGGUCCCCGUGCUCCAUCUCAUCUCCACGCCCUUCCCUGCUGUCUGGCACACCCCUGCGGACACCGAGGCCAAUCUCCACCCACCCACGGUACACAACUUGUGCCGCAUUCUCGCUGUGUUCCUGGCUGAAUACCUGGGGCUCUAGCGUGCUUGGCCAAUGACUGUGGAGAGGACUGUGAGAGAGAAGGUCCCAGCGGGGGCCAGUGAAGCUCAGGCAGGAUCUGCCUAGGGUGUGCUGGUUUGUCCUUUUCAUACCUUUGUCUCCUAAUUGUGCUACAACUGGAAGACCUUCUUUCUUUUGAUUGUCUCAAGCUGCCACCCUUCAAGGACAGGGAAGAGACCACUGUGGGAUGACAGCCAGAGGAAUAAGAACUUGCUCCCUCCCCAGAGGUAAACACUUGGUCCAAAGGUU